UGUGACCUUUUAUUUUACAAUCAAGUGAAUGCGAAUUAUGCUCACUCGUUAUUUAAAUUUAAUAGACCUUCUAGCUUCACUCUCUACUAAUCUGAAGAUUGGAAGCCCUGGAACAUUUAUCUAAUGCACAGUGCAUUGCUUUUAGUAUGGUUACGCCACGCGCCGGCGCUCCACAGAAAUAACGUAGAGAAUAUCGGUCACACAGACUCCGCACCGAAUGAACGCAGAACGAGUCGAUUAAUUGCUGUUGUGCGCCGGGCGCAGCACUAUCGCGCCGGACGGGCACCGCGCGGACGCUUCCUCCUUGAAAAAAUUCGGGGGAAAAGCGCGCGAACAAACCUCAACCGAUUGUAGCCGUCGCGCGGCGGAUAUUCCAUUUUCAAAAGUUUCUUUUUUUUCCGGUCCUUUCUUUUUGGUUGUUUCGAAUUUAUUGCACCGUGUUUGUAGUGUAUUUUUUUUAAACAAAAAAGUUACUGUUCUACUUUCAAAUGAAAUUGUUGUGAUCGGCAAAAAUAUCGCGGAGGUCACAAACUUUGGAGAUACGCCCGUGCGUCGUUUUUAUUAAGGAACGUUGAUAAGUAAACGCGGUCGAGUGCAAAUGUCGCCGGCAGAUAGCAGACAGUCGACAGUGUAUUGCUCUAAUGAGUUUUAGAACGGUGUAGCGCGUACGAUGCUCGCGUCAAACCUUGUCCCUUCGCGGAACGCAGUGAUUCAUACACCGGUUAUCGUUGUUUGACGGAGAGCACAAUGUGCGAAGUGACAAGUUGGAUUCCGACCGCAGUCGCGGAUACAUUGCGGGCGGAGGAACGCUCCGCACAGCCGGUGAUCGCUUGGCUCACGUUCAUCAGGGCUUCCAUUGAAGAGUACGACCCUCUUAUAUCAGUACGCCCGCAGUCGCCCGACACAGAGAGCUCGGAGACCUCCAGUGAUUCCCCAGACAGUGCGUUCGAUGAAAUCCUCUCGCAACUCGGCAAAGAGAUAUACAAACUCGAAGAGUUCCAAAACUAUCUUUCACCAGAAGAGAAAGAAGUGUCUUUGAGCAUUCUAAACAUAUUCGACGAGUGUUUGGAAGGCAUGAGCGACGUCAAAGAGGUAAACAGUGAAAUUAAAACGGCAUGCAUCGUGGAGUUAGUGAACGGCAUGGAGGAGUGCAGUGAUGGUGAAUCGAGCUUAUCAGACGUAUCGUUCGUGACUAGCACUCCCGUUCGGAGUGCGAAAGAUGGCGAUUCCCUUACCGAUAAGGGCGAAAGUCCUGUGAAUGUAAGUGAAGUGCGUUACGUGCCACCGGUGCCGCCGCGGAGGACUUUUCCCAACAUUCCGUCCCCUUCCUCCUCGAUUUACAGCAAUGUGGAAGUGAAAAGUGCGAAUACAAAGUGCAAUAAAAUCGACACCGACAGCGACUCGGAGAGCACGUGUUGGAGUUACAAAGAGUGCAGUACAGACACGGAGACCGACGCGAAAGACGCAUACGCCGCGAUGUGGUGUCAAUCCAGCGGUUUCCACAACUCCGACGAGAUCCUAAGGCGGGUGUUGACACAGCACUACGCGCGCGUUUCACGGCUGUCGUUUCACACAGCUAAUGACUUUACGCCGGCGACCUACCGUGUUUACUCGCUGCAAGAGGUGGGAGACAGGUGUGACAUGCCUGUCGCGUCGCCAGUCGCCAACAUGACGGCGGGCCGGCCUGCCGACGACGGAUAUGAGCCCGUGCGCGAUGCGAUCACAGACGAAAACAUUUACGAGGAGAUCGAGUAUGGGUGUAGCUUCACGGACGAAGGGUGUUCGUGCGGAGGUAGUGUCGAAGUGGAGAGUUGUUCCAUGAGUGCCAGUUCUGAAGGUGUGGGGAGGGAGAGCCCUUUGUACGCGAACAUGAGGGACCUCGACGCGUACGCUAUCACGCCGGACGUGAUUUACUGGAAGAACAUGCUGCUGGAUCCAUUCUACAACGACGACGAGGAAGAUGAGUGGAUAACUCCGGAAGAGUGUGCCGUGUACAGUCGCGAACAGAGGCCCCCGCUGGUCAUCCCACGCAUCACGCAGUACCGUACGCCGCCGCGCCGGGAGACGAAACCAAUCCCACAUUUCUACCAAGAGGAUCAGGAACCGGCGUCAGUGAAAUCCUCGGUGCGUCAAUAUGAGCAGCUGCAGGACUGGAGCCCCACGUCGGAGCGGAGCCGCGCAGACCUGGAGCGCAGCUUCAGCAAGGCCAACUCCGACAGCCCGCCCUUCGUCAGGAUCAACAAGAGACUGGGCAAUUCUACGGAGAACCUUCUGUUCCCUCCUCGACGGCCGAACCACUUGCAGCUUCCCGCGUCCUCCUCCGGGGACAGCUUGGACAAUGUGGAGGUCCGCGAGCAUGAGCCCGGGUACAUCAAAAGCAGGAAGUCCAGGUCGAUGGUGGCACCCAAGCACCGCAUGAGGUCCCCCGUACCGGCGCCUAGGUUGCUGCUACAUCAACCUUCUGAGGCGCCGGUCGUUAUGGAGGGCAUAGUGAAACGAACCAAGUUUUCCGAGAGCGGGAAGAAGAGCAAAAAGAACUGGAAUGACUGCUACAUGGUUCUCACGCACACAGCUCUAAUCUUCUUCAAGGACCAGAAGACGUAUCAUGCCACUCGAAUCCCGAAGCCGGUGGGAACUCCUCCCAGUCCAACUGCUCCGCGCGCAGAACUAGUUUUGCCGCUGCGGAACGCGCACGUUGUUCACUGCAUACAGAUGCACACCAGAAGAUUCACCAAGUCGAUGGUGCUGACCGUCGGCUACGAUCAGUACCUGCUGCAGGACGAGACCGAGGAAGGCGCUAAAAGAUGGCUCAUCAACAUCCAAAAUAUUAUAUAUAAACUGGGUCCACCAAUGCCUGAAGAAUACCAGCCUCAGUACCUGAGCAGUGGAACCGACCUCGACAGCAUCGGCCGCACUCCCCCCUCCACCAGACACGCUAAUCGACACAGAGCUGGCGGCAGCAGCAACGAAGAUCUCAGCGACUCUACUGAAGCGUCUAUCCAGAAGUCACACGUCAGAAGUAUAUUGAGGAAGUUCUUCCCUAAACGACCAGCAAUGGAGGUGUUAGUCAAGAAAGGAAUCUACAAAGAUGAACCAGUAUUCGGCCGCAAGUUGGAAGAAGUGUGUCCUGCCACCAGUCCGCGCGUGCCAGAGUUCGUGGCCGCGUGUGUGAGGGAGAUAGAGAGCAGUGAGGAGAACUUAUGCACCGACGGCCUGUACCGGGCCAGUGGAAACCUCAGCCAAGUGCAGAAGAUACGACUAGAGAUCGACCAGAACAACCUGUCAGUUAUUGAGAGCAAUACGGACAUCCACGUGCUGACGGGCUCGCUGAAGCUGUUCUUUAGGGAACUGAAGGAGCCGCUCAUACCCUGCAAUAUAUUCGAUAGGAUCCUCGCCGCUUGUUCAAUAAAACCAAGAGAAGCGAAGAUAAAAGAAUUUCGAGACAUAGUGCAAGCUCUACCACAAUGUAAUAGAGACACCCUCAAGUUCUUGCUAGAGCAUCUUUUACGGGUAACACAAUACAGCGAACGUAACAGAAUGCACACCGCGAACCUAGCGAUUGUAUUUGGCCCCACGUUACUGUGGGCGCCCGCGGAACAAGCGCACAACAUCGCCAUCGACUGCAUUCAACAGAACAACGUCGUCGACAUACUACUCAACGACUUCAAAGACAUAUUCGUCGACGACAAUCCUAAAGGGAAGAAGAAGGCGUGAUUCCUACUCCGCCGGCUGUCCCGGACUGAACAUUAACGCCCCUAAGUAUCUCGUUUAUAAGCUACGUGGGUAUUGGGAGCUGUAUCGACCUCGAUAAAGACUUUUGGCAAGUGGACGUGACUCGUGACGGACUUUAAGUGAGAAACAGUUUAAAAUGGUUAUAAAAUAUUACGAAUUACAAUAUGAACUCACGCCAUUUGGCCAGCUCUAGAACCCAAGUUCUGUUUUAGAAAAAAAUAUAUAGGUUUAUUCUAUGUAUAACGUUUUGUGUGUACAUACUUGGAUGAUGUUGUGAUAUACGUAAGAAUGAUUGAGGAUCGCCUUGUUAGAAGUAUUUAUAGACGAUUUGAUGCAUUAUACCGAUGAUCUCUGUCACUUGGAAAACUUUCUUAAAUUUCCAUGAGGUAUUUCCAAAAUUACAUCCGAAACAGUGUUGUGAUGUGACCAUAAAGCAAUAUGUUACGUAAAGACUGUCAGAGGCUCUAGAAAUAAUAAUAUAUUCAAAAAAGAAAUUAUUUUAAAAGAGUGUAGUGAUAGUUAAUUUUGUGUGAUUUAGCCUUUAGAUGAAAAUUACAAUGUUGAUUUACGAGAUAUCAUUAUGUUGGGGCCAAAUUUGUAAAUAGAUGUGGUUAGGCUUGAAGCCAGCUUGUAAUGUGUGCCUUAAGCUGUAACAUCCGUGUGGUCGUGUAAAUAUUCAUCUUGGAUGAUUGAAUCAUGUGAUAAUGGUGAAAUGUUGUUUCUAGUUCCCUGUUAUGUUAAAUUCUAGCUAGGUAAAACAUGCUUGAACAUUGUGGUGGUCUAGUCCCUAUUGUUUUAUAACUGGACUUAAAUUAACAUCAAAAUUAAAAUUCAGCGUUAUUAAUAAAUAUCGUUAUAAAUAAAAAACAAAAAUUAAUACUCAAAUAUGUUAAUCAUAUAGAGGAAAAUUAAAUUGUUAAAUUUUAAGAAAAGUAAUAAGCUAGGAACCAAAGUUUUAUAUUUUUGGCUGAUAGAGUAUAAUAAAAAAAUAUAUAUAAUAGUAUUUGUUGUAUAGUUAUGAUUAUAUAAAAAUAUAUUAACGCCAAUAAUGCUUGGAAAUAGAUGAAGUUACAUGAAAUAAAAAUCACUUAUUU